CUGGCUGGUUGUCCGGCGGCGCGAGGAGCCCUGAGCUCACCGAGCGUACACCGUGUGGGUGGCGCCGGCCUUCUUUCCCGGAGCGGGGAGGGGAGCCUUCAACGCAUUUGUGGGGAGCCAUUUUGCUAAAUGGAGGACGUGAAUCCUGACAACUAUAAUGUGGUUUGUGAAUGGAGCCAUUCCCGCCAUGAUGGGCAUUGGACAAUGCGGUUCAGGGGCAAUAUGGAGGAAAGGGAACAGCUGAUCUGCGUUGCUUGUGUAAUAGAGAUGAUGGAAGAAAACAGCAUUUCAAUUGUUCGCAAAAAGUAUUUACUGUCUUGCUUUCGGGAUGUCCUAGUUAAAUUCCCAAGCAAGGUGGUAGAACUGCUAUCAAUGGAUGGUCGAGCAUGCAUUCACUUCAUAAUUACUUUGAUGGAUUUGCUGCAAUCUAUUGAAGACAGUGUCACAUUGAACCUGGUGAUUGAAGUAUUUACAGUUCUUAUGGGAGAAUUUAAAUCAGAUGAGGUUGUAUGCUGUGUGUUGGAUCAAUGUCAAAAACAGUUAUCAGACAAAAGCAGUAUGAGGAAGAGCUUGCCAAUAUUUAUGCUGUUGGGGAAAUUGUUGCUCAUUAUCCCAUUCCUUGCAGAGAAAUUGAUCCACAAAUAUUCAAUGCUGCUGAAGCAUAUGGAGAUGGCACUGGUUUACCCCGAUGAAGCAGUGAGAGCAUCAGUGUGCUAUAUUUUCUGUGCAAUGUAUAGUUAUCCUCCUAUUGUUGAGAAGCUCUCCUUGUACUUCAGUGAGAGACUUUGCAAACUCAUCAUAUCAGUCAUGGAGGCAGCACAGACCAAAGAACUGCAAAUAAACUCUCUUGGGCUUCUUAAGCACCUCUUGCAGUUUAGACAGUUUGUGACUGUGAUGAUGAGCUCAAAUGGAACAGAAGGAGUUAACCUUGAAGAUGAAUUAAUUCCUCAGGAAACAGUACUGCAAGGUGGAAAUUCACUGUUGUUACUAUUGAAAAAGUUGCUGCUCAACAGAGAUGAAAUACUGCAGAUUAUAAGUGUGCAAUGCAUGACUUCCAUACUCGUUCACUCUCCAGUGCAGUAUGCUCCCGAACUUGUGUAUGCAGAUAUUCCAGAAUUUCUGUUUGAGCGACUCUCCAGUUCUGAUGAGAUUUUAGUGUGGUCAAUCUACAGUUGUCUUCUUUUGCUAACUGAGGAGAAACUUUUCUUUUCCAAGUGCCACACUAUUUAUGGUAUAGAAUCCUUAGUUCGCAGCUUGAAAGAGACAAUGAGGAUGAACAAUACUGAGGUUCAGAAGCAAGGUCUACUAUUAUUUGGAGAGAUUUUAAAAAGACAACCUUCAGGAUUAAAGCUGUUUAUGAAUUUUGCCAUUUGGAGUGAAGCUGUUGUUGUCUUACAAGAAGCAGUAACAAGCUCCAAUCUUGAAGUUGUGACUGAAGCUGCCAAUGCUGUGGCAGCCUUCCUUCGGAAACAUCAUCUGGCUGUACCCAUUCAGUAUCAGGAACUCCAAAGCCUUAUCAAAGCAUUGUUAAUGCACUGUACAGAUAUUUCUGUUCCUUUUAAAGGUGACAUCAUUAGAGGUAAAGAGGCUGAUACUGACCUGGCUGUCAAGGAACUGUACGAGUCCAUCAUCACCCUGGAAACUGCACACCUGGAGGCUGCCUUCAUCAUUGUCAGUGACUUUAAUACAGCAUCGCUGACUAAAGUCUCUCCAAAGUUUUGCCAACACAUCCAGAAUCAGUAUGUACAAAAAGAACAAAACAGAAAUUUUUCAAGACAAGGACAAUUGUUGUUGAGCACCUUAGAGGCCUUUCUUAGUGCUUGCAGGUUAGCAGUUGAUUGUCGGAAGGAUCCUUCAUUGCAAGAAAAUACUUUCACAUCUCCUGAUAUUGUAAAUGAGAAUGUUUUAGAGAAUUUCUCAGAGUUUCUACUGACUGUUUGUGAUACGUUGUGCAUCCCAAUGAUAAUGAAACAUUAUGAAAAGACUCCUAAUGCCGCAGUGAUGGAGGUAUUCUUUUCUGUUCUCAGUGUCCAGUACAAAGUCUUACCCAAUGCUGCCAAACUAUUUUCUUCUAAGCUAGCUUCCUCAUCUUUUAUAAGAUUUACAAUGGAAUUGAAAGUCAAAUUCUGUACAGGAGGCAGAAAUUCAAGAUUGAACCAGGCUUGCUCAGACUUCCUUUGUGACAUGUGUAAAAUCCUGUUUACAGCUACUGAAGAUAUUCUGAAUUAUCAGAACGAUUUGGAUGACGUAUCUGCACUUUUUGUGAAGUAUAUUCCACAUCUGAACUACACAUUUCUAGAUACAAUAUCUGUGCUUUCAGAAAGUUUUGACACUAUCGGAAUAGAUGAAGACCUCCAAAGCCGCCAAUAUUGUCUGUUGUUAUUAUUGUACUUGGCCCAUAUGUAUGAUAACAGGCUUUUUUCAGAAGGUCCUUUAUUCAAAGCCAUCAGUAGCUUUUUACGCACAUCUUUCAAUCAAGGACAUUCACUUCCAUCUUUUGUGCUUAGAGCUGCAGUCUAUCUGUUGUCUAUAUGCCAAGAAAAGUGCAACAAGCUAGAUUUGAUAUCACUGAAAUCCAUUUGUAAAUUCCUGGAGAGCACAGCCACAGUUUCUUCUGUGUAUACCAACCACCCAUUAGUUCUGAAGUUUUUUUUCCACUAUCCAGAAUUGACAGACAGAUUUGGUCACUGGAUCUUGAAGUGUUGGUUUACACAUUUUGAUAUCAACUCUGACAAGUAUGAAAACCUAGUUCCUGGCUUCCAGAGUGAUGCAAAUUGCUUGAUGACUGUUAUCCAAGGAAAUCCUAAUGUCCUCCUAAUUCUUCUGGAUAUAGUCCAUACUGAAGAGAAUGAGUUAGCUUUAAAGGCAUUGCUGACUUUGAAAUCAUUCCUGAAGAAAAGUGACAACAUGGUUCCUACUACUUACUUGCUUCGACCUCGCUUUCUCCAGAUACUUCAACGGUUCACAAUAGAAAAUAAUAUACAGACUUCCAAAGGCAGCCACAAAACAAAGAAACCCGAUAGAACCCAUUUAAGACUGAAAAAAAGAAUAAAUCAUAUAAACAAUAAAACAACAGUAGCACUCAGAGCUAAAGUUCUCAAAUGUCUUGCGCAGAACCUCUGCUUUGGUUUUGCACUGAAGGAAUCCGAUUACUAUUGA